GAAGAAGAAGAAGGAGAAGGAGAAGGAGAAGAAGAAGAAGAAGAAGAAGAAGGAGGAGGAGGAGGAGAAGAAUCAUGUCCUCUGUGAAACUGGUGGCGCUGUGCCCCGCAGCUCCGGGGCUGACGGGCCUGUUGAGCGGCUCCGUGCUCGCUGCCGCAGCCGAGGGGAAGAAGAAGAACUCACAGCCGCUGCUGAGCAUCGACGAGCUGCCGUCUCUUUACACCGCACCCGAAGCUGCGCCUCUCUGCGCCGAGCCAGACGUCGGCCCGUUGGAGCAGAGCGUCGCAUCACUGAGGCAAUGGGCUGAGCCGUACACGAACCAGUGUCAGCAAACCAGUCAGGCUGCGAUGGAGACGAUUCAGCAAGUGUACAAGACUGUGGAGCCCUCCGUCAACUCGUCAAUCACGACAGUCACAGACGUGUACCAGUUCCUCAGUGACCCCCCCCCUGACCUCUACCCCAGUGUGGCGCUGGUUGGGUUUUCUGGCUUCCUGGGACUUUACUUGGCCAAAGGCUCCAGGUUGAAGAGACUCGCAUUUCCAGUUGGACUCAUGGCUCUGAGUGCGUCCAUGUUUUACCCUCAGCAGGCUGCAUCCUUGUUAAAGGGGAGUCGAGACUCUGCGUUGACGUGGGCUCAGCGGGGCAGAGUCAGGCUGGAGACUCUGUGGAAGGAACCUCCGUUUGGUAGAAACAAUAAGUCUGAGAAGAAAGAGCAAACAGAGAGCAACGACUCGAGCAGCUGAGACGACACGAAGACGCACGUCCGCAUCCCGACAGACGUCCAGUGACGCACACGACCUUGUUUCUUUUAGGUUCAUUCUUUGAAUAUUUUAAUGUUCAUCCACUCUGAGCUACAGAUUCUAACUUGCAGCUUGUGUUGAGUGCGAGUGUGGCGGAUGGUUCCCGUCCUGAACGCUGCCGCCUGUUCCACGAACAAACUCUUCACAUAUCUGAUCACAUUCCACCCCUCCCCCCACCCCCCGUCCUGUAACCAGUCCCGGUUUCUUUUUCACUGACUCCAGCUCCUCGUGUUUUUAUUGAAGUCCACGUUGUUUUCACAGUGUCGUCCUGAUGGACCAGAUAUUUGGCAGUUUGAGCAGUAGAGACAAUGAUCGUUGUUCGCACCCAUGAAGGGAUCGUGACAACGAUUGAAAAAUACAAAUAGAAGGAAUUUUACAGUUUCCCCCGCAGCUGCAGAGUGUGUUUAUGUUCUCACUCUGUUAUUGGUCUCGUAAAGAAAUGAAAUGGAAGGUUUUGCAUUAUAGUGGAAAAACAAGCUGAGCUGAGCAGGGGAAGAAAAAUAAAUAUAAUGAUAUAUUGUGAAGUGGUGCAGCUUCUGUCUCUGGCCACGUCACUCACUGUGUUUUAUGAGGGAGAGAGUUUGUGCUCUGAGGAGGUGGAGGAGGAGGAGAAGGUGUCAGUGAUUCGUUCACACUCGCGUUGUUCACUAUUUAUUUGCCCUGAUGUUUUGCUGUUUGCUUCAUGUUGCAUUUCAUAUAGAAUUUAAUUAAUAACAAAGUGGAUGAUGCUGUGAUUAUUGUCCACGAGGAAUAAAACCCUGUGUAUCCUGUGUGAGGAUUAAACACAGAAUUUAUCUGAGCCGA